UUUUGUCUUUUUCCUUUUUAUCGGUACCGGGGAUCAAACUCACGACUGCCUGCUUGCAAGGCAGGCGCUUAUGCCGCUGAGCUAAAUCUCCAGCCCCCAGUAGAAACUUUUAGACUAGAAAAGAGAAGGCAAGGCAAGGCACCAUGAGCUAUGAAGAGUGCCCCUGCAGGACUGGGCAUGGCUCCAACAACCACUUGAGGGACAUCUGAGAGCCCGUCAGUGACAGACACACCUCUGCUGGGCUGAUUUGGGCAGGGACUGGCUACGAGUACCACCCUUCUACUACAGCACACUUAGCCCUUCUCAGUUUGUCACCAGGCUCUUCCUCUAUGCCUGGGGGCCUCUUGCACCAGCCCCUCUCCUGUUCUUCAAAGAGAUUUUACUGUGUCUCAGAACCUGAAGCAAAAAGUCCAUUUUUCCCUUCUCCUGUUCUUUUCUAAAGGUACAGAUCAUUCCCAUGGGGAAGAAGGGAAGAAAGAGUCCAGUAAUCUACAACAUAGCUUUCUAUGCCCACUCAAGCCUGACUUGUGCAGUUAACUGACUGAACAACACUUGUCCCAAGCUUUAUGGGGCUGUGAAAUAUGUAAGGAAACCUUAGGAGAAAAGGAUCCAGGGGUAGGCAGCCGAAAGUUUCAUGGCCCCUCCUACCCCCAAAUUCCUGGAAUCAGAAAAUGUAGUCUCUUCCAAAGUAGGUCAGCUCAGCAGCAGGCAGCUCCUCUGGAAGGCAAGGGAGCAGAGGCCUCGUCCUGAUAGAAGGCGGAUUCAUCCAGGGCGGCUGGCGGCCCGGCCGGCCGAGCCCCAGGGGCACAGGAGGGAGGGGAUUUAGGGAGACUGCAUCAGCCUUUUUGCCUGGAAUCUGAAAGGGCUCUGGGCCACAGAGCACCACUACCCUGAGACCAGACUAUGCCGAGCCGUCUGGCUGCUGGGAAAGGGGGGCAGUCAGUCCCCAGACUAGAAAGCACUUCCCUCCUGGAGGAGGGAAGAGGGACCGCUGGUGCUUGUCAGAAAGCCUUGAAGCUGCCCCAGGUCCUGGGCCCCAUGACCUCUGAGGCUUUGGCUUCCCCUCUGGCAGAGGGUGGGACCUUCCCCAGGCCCCUGCCCCCUUUCUCUUUCUCCCGCAGGCCCUUCUCUCCUCUUCUCUUCUCUUCUCUUCUCUUCUCUUCUCUUCUCUUCUCUUCUCUUCUCUUCUCUUCUCUUCUCUUCUCUCUCUCUCUCUCUCUCUCUCUCUCUCUCUCUCUCUCUCUCACACACACACACACACACACAUUUGCUUCUCUCAAGCAUUUGUUGUGCAGUUCUUCUUUGUCUGCUGGGCAGAAGGGCAUCUACCUCCCCCUCCCUGUGCACUCCCUUCACUGUCGUGGAAGACACGCUGUAGCCUGGCACCCCCCCCCCAUAUACAUUUCUCCAGCCCCCUCCCCAAGCACAUCCAAGCGCCAAGCGCUCUCAUCUCCUCUGUCUCCCUCUCUCUCUCUCUCUCUCCCUCUCUCAUCAGACACACUCUCUUUCAACACACAUACACCCUGGCUGAGCUGUUCUUGCUGGCUGCAGCCGUGGGCCCCUGCUCACCGUGCCGCUGCCGCUGCCUGCGAAAUGACGGCGGUUCCCCUCACUUCCAGGAAUCCACGCUUCCUGGAAGGUGAGUGGCUGGGCUCACCCCUGCCUGCCACCGAGACGCAGACAUGCACACACCACCCGCACUCCCUCGCCGUUUCCAAGGCGGCGGCCGCGUUCGCAACCCAGGGUCUCACCGGCAAGGGAAGGAUAAUCUGGAGAGGGAUCCCUCAGGAGGGUGUGUUCCGGAUUUCUUGCCUCAGGCCCAAGACUCCAACCAUUUUAUAAUGGAAUCUUUAUUUUGUGAAAGUAGCGGGGACUCAUCUCUGGAGAAGGAGUUCCUCGGGGCCCCAGUGGGGCCCUCAGUGAGCACCCCCAACAGCCAGCACUCUUCUCCUAGCCGCUCACUCAGUGCCAACUCCAUCAAGGUGGAGAUGUACAGCGAUGAGGAGUCGAGCAGACUGCUGGGGCCAGAUGAGCGGCUCCUGGAAAAAGACGACAGUGUGAUUGUGGAAGACUCGUUGUCAGAGCCCCUGGGCUACUGUGAUGGGAGUGGGCCAGAGCCUCACUCCCCUGGUGGCAUCCGGCUGCCCAAUGGCAAGCUCAAGUGUGACGUCUGUGGCAUGGUCUGUAUUGGCCCCAAUGUGCUCAUGGUACACAAACGCAGCCACACAGGUGAGAGGCCCUUCCACUGCAACCAGUGCGGGGCCUCCUUUACCCAGAAAGGCAACCUGCUGCGUCACAUCAAGCUGCACUCUGGGGAGAAGCCCUUCAAAUGUCCCUUCUGCAACUACGCCUGCCGCCGGCGUGAUGCACUUACUGGCCACCUCCGCACACACUCAGUGUCCUCUCCCACAGUGGGCAAGCCCUACAAGUGCAACUACUGUGGCCGUAGUUACAAACAGCAGAGUACCCUGGAGGAGCACAAGGAGCGAUGCCACAACUACCUACAAAGUCUCAGCACUGAAGCCCAAGCGUUAACUGGCCAGCCAGGUGAUGAGAUGCGUGACCUGGAGAUGGUGCCAGACUCCAUGCUGCACUCAGCAUCUGACCGGCCAACUUUCAUUGAUCGCCUGGCGAACAGCCUCACCAAACGCAAGCGCUCCACACCCCAGAAGUUCAUAGGUGAAAAGCAGAUGCGCUUCAGCCUGUCAGACCUCCCCUAUGAUGUGAACUCGGGCGGCUAUGAAAAAGAUGUGGAGUUGGUGGCACACCACGGCCUGGAGCCUGGCUUUGGAGGUUCUCUGGCCUUUGUGGGUGCAGAGCAUCUGCGUCCCCUCCGCCUUCCACCUACCAACUGCAUCUCAGAACUCACACCUGUCAUCAGUUCUGUCUAUACCCAGAUGCAGCCCCUCCCUGGCCGACUAGAGCUUCCAGGGUCCCGAGAAGCAGGUGAAGGACCUGAGGACCUGGGGGAUGGAGGGCCCCUCCUCUACCGUACCCGAGGCUCCCUGACUGACCCAGGGGCCUCCCCCAGCAAUGGCUGCCAGGACUCCACAGACACAGAGAGCAACCACGAAGAUCGGGUUGGGGGGGUAGUGUCCCUCCCUCAGGGUCCCCCACCCCAGCCAGCCCCCACCAUAGUGGUGGGCCGGCACAGUCCUGCCUAUGCCAAAGAGGACCCCAAACCACAGGAGGGCUUACUGCGGGGUACCCCAGGACCCUCCAAGGAAGUGCUUCGAGUGGUGGGCGAGAGUGGUGAGCCUGUGAAAGCCUUCAAAUGUGAACACUGCCGAAUCCUCUUCCUGGACCAUGUCAUGUUCACCAUCCACAUGGGCUGCCAUGGCUUCAGAGACCCUUUCGAGUGCAACAUCUGUGGUUACCACAGCCAAGACCGGUAUGAAUUCUCUUCCCACAUUGUCCGGGGGGAACAUAAGGUGGGCUAGCGACCUCUCCCUCUGCCCUUAGUCUGCCACUCUACUCACUGCCCCCUCCAGGUGUCUAGUUCUGUCCCCACCACACGCCAAGGAAUUUUUCCCCAUAGCCCUCCCGUGGCACGUCUGACCUCACAUGUGACCCUGAACCUCCUCACCCUUCUCUUCUUCCCUGACCAACUUAAGUAUCGUGAUGAAACAGCCCUUUUGUCCCUCCUUGUUCUCUUUUUCUCUCACCCCAGCACCCUGAGUUAUUAGUUGCUUUUUCUUUUGCCUUUUUUUACUUACAGCCAUCCCUUGCCAGUUCCCUUAUACCCUGGCCCUCAGCUUCCUUUUAUGCUAGUUCUAAUUUUUUUCUUGUUUAUCCAGUAUCCUCUAACAGCCCCAGGGCUCAGAAGCUUCUCUCCAAAGGAAGAGACUUUGUGCUUCUUGCUUUAAUCCUUGCCAUUUACUUUAUCUGAUUCUUCAGUUUUGAUGCUGAUACCUCCCAGUAGCCCCACCUGGGCUCUGUGGCAUUAUAUCUCCUCUCUGGGACCCUUCAGCCUGGUACUAUCCAUACCUCUCGUGCCCUCUCACUUUAGGCAGCUUGCACUAUUCUCAAAUGAAGAAUCUCCUCAUUGGAAAUAGGAGGAGCUGAAGAAAUUCUCCCUAGGCACUGUGGGACUGAGGGUCUUCUUGAGCUCCGCAAAGCUACCUUUAGGAUCUCCCUGCAGGAUGUGAUACAGUUCUUCCUUCCCCCCACCCACCCCUCAUCACCACUCUAGCCUCUUCAGCUGGCCACUUGACUUGGUGGCAGCUUCCCUCUCCUUGGAGUGCCCCAUUUUAUGUUCUCAGGGGCCAAGGCUACAUCUGCAACCCUCUGUCUUUGACAGACAGAGCCUCAGGUGCCUAACUGGGAGUCAGGGCCUGGGAAGGGGUGACUAAAAUCUCUCCUCCACUUCCCAAACUUCUUCACUUUUGUGACCUUCCUGGGCUCUCUGGGACUCCUCCAGUCCCUGUCCUGUGACAAACUGGGUUCCUGCCUGAGCAGAGGAUCUCUCAGCCCCUUACUCAUGCUGCCUUCUUCCUCCCCCAGCGAGAGUCACCCUCUCAUUCCAGGACUAUGGGCCUUUUUCUUACCAUCAGUGGCAAGAAAAAAGCAUGUGUCUUUUCUCUCUUUCAGUAUAACCAAAAAUAAUCCCAGGAUGAGCAAAGCUAUGUGCUCCUUACUCAUCCCUCCUGCAGUCCUCUGCGCAGGCGAAUGAAUCCUUCACUGCCCCUCUCACACUCAGCUCCAGACCCAGGGCAGGAGGGCUGUACUUUGCCUGCUGCUGCAGAGCCUGACUCUGCUUACUGCAGAUUCUAUUUGGAAAAAUCCGGGACUCAGGAAGGGGGAGGAGGCACAGCUCCACCGCAAAUGGAGGUCUCUUUCUACAGAGUUCCAUGGCCGCAGCCACAGCCAUCCCACUCUGCUUCCUUGAGAUUCAAACCAAAGGCUGUUUUUCUAUGUUUAAAGAAAAAAAAAAAAAAAAGUAAAAACCCAACAUAACACCUCACAAGUUAUAACUCUUGGUCCUUUUCUCCCUUUUUCUCUUCCUUUCACUUCCAUCUCUCUCCACGUCCUUUCCUCUUCGGCUCUUUGGCCUCUCCUACUUUUCUUACUCCCUAUCAGGGAUAUUUGAGGGGCAAUGGUAAAGAGUGGGCUAAGGAUCAGACCCUGGGUUUGGGGCUCUUUAGGGUUCUGAAGAGUCUACCUUACCCCAUCAUGGGAAGGGACAUCACUUUCUCCUCUUCCACUUUUUCCUUCCCCAUUACAUGGUUUCCCCAAAAGAACCAGGUAGGCAAGGAGAGGUCUGCUAGGGUAAUUGUUCCCCCUUGACAAUGUAGCAAUAAAUAGGUGCUGCCAAGGGCGGAGGAUGGGGGAGUCGACUCAGAGGAGAGUGGUCUCUCCAGAAGGGAAGGGCUUUCUCAGUGGCACCAUCAGGUACUCCUGUUCCAGAUGGCAGCAGAGCUGAGAUUAAUAUCUGGCUUCUCCUGAACUGUUCUGGUUACUGAGCCCCUUCCCCAAGACCUUCCCCUCCCACUUCUGUGUCUGCUGUGUAUUUGAUGAUACCUCAUGAGGACUAGUCCCCCUUGUGGGGUAUCAGAGCCUUAGGGUGCCCCAUCCCCUCCUCUAGUCGGCCUUGGCACCUGCAGCCUCCCAGAACAUGAAGGACUGUGCCCAAGGCGACUCCGUGCCAUGAGAGCAGAGACUGGAAGGGCAAGACCAGGUGCUAGGGAGGGGAGAGAGGGGCACCCUGCCUCUGUCCAGACCACCAUUGCACUUUAACCAGGGUCUUAGGUACAAAAUCCUACUUCUCAGAGCCUUCCAGCUCUGGAACCUCAAACAACCUUAAGCUCUCUCCCAGUUCCUUUUGCAUAAAAAGAAAAAAGAAAAAAAAAAAAAAAAAAACCACACAAACACUGAAACCCACAUGGAGAAAAGAGGUGUUUCCUUUUAUAUUACUAUUCAAAAUCAACAUCACAAAAAAUUUUAAAAAAGGAAUUUAUAAAAAAACACUUUUCCAGGCUUUUUGUUUUUUUGUGUGUCAGUGUCCAAGCUGCAGGUGGGAUUUUGUAAUACUUCUGGCAGCUUCUUUCCUUGUGUACAUAAUAUAUAUAGAUAUAUUUUUAAUCAGAAGUUAUGAAGAACAAAAAGAAAAAAAAAAUACAACACAGAAGCAAGUGCAAUACCACCUCUUCUUCCUCUCGGGUUUCCUUUGUAGCCUAUCGGGUGUUUCCUUUGGCUCUGGCCCCCUCUUUACCCCUCUUUCUCUCUUUCCCCCUCCCCGUUUUUUUAAAAGAGUUUUUCUCCUCUCUUAAGGGGAGUUAAACGAGCUUUUAAGACUUAUUAUGAAGCAUUUUGUAUAUGUAAUAUAUUGUAAGUAAAUAUUUGUGUAAUGGAGAUAUACUACUGUAAGUUUUGUACUGUACUGGCUGAAGGUCUGUUAUAAAUAAACAUGAGUAAUUUAACACC